CGAGGCUGAAGUUUUGCCAAGUCGUAGCUGAACCUUGCUUCAUUGCAAGCGACCGGCGCUAUAUUCCUACAGUACGGCAACAAGACACUGGAAAGAGACGGAAACUGCAGUGCGAUACUGCGGUCAACAGGUAAAUCAAUACUUCUACUCUUCAUUAUAUCCAAACAAUGGCAGACCCUCUCAAUGUUGCUGCAGGGGCAAUAACAAUCGUUAGCCUUGCCUAUUCGAGCAGUAGAGCACUCUAUGAAUUGAUCUCGACGAUUCACGGCAGCCCUUCGGUGUUCAAAGACCUUAGUGAAGAGGUCAUAACUCUCAAUCAGAUCUUGGACACUUUGAGAGCGACCCUCGGCGACCACGCUUCGAUGAUGGGAAACAAGCAGAUUGCAUACUUAGAAGCAGUGGACAGAACCCUUCAAGGCUGUGAUAUUGCUUGUCAAGACUUUAAGACAAAGUUGGAGAAGCUCACCGAGAAUUCAUCUGAUGGAAAGAGAAGCUUUAGAGAUGGUCUCAAAUUGAGCUUCCAAAGGAAAAACAUCAAUGAUUUUCGGAUGAGGAUUGCUAGUUGGAAAGCGAGUCUUACCCUGGGAUUAUACGUGGCUACACUGUAAGGUAUAAUUUAACAAUACGAUAUAGACGGCUAACAUCUGAUCUCAUAGGACCCCAACGUCCAUCAACUGGAAUACGCUUGAAGCACUUCAGAA